GGUUGUGGGUUCUCUACUCCACACUAUGCAAAGGGUGGUCAAGACUAUGUUUCCAAUAUCCUCAGAACUCAUAUUCAAAGUCGCCUUACGCGGCGAGACAUUGCUCACUUCACCUCGUUGGAACAAGGGAACAGCCUUCACGAAAAAGGAGCGUAAUGAUUUUGGUCUAACGAGCAGACUUCCUUCUCGCAUCAAUACCAUCGAAGAACAAUGCGAGAGAGCCUAUGAUCAGCUACGCUCUCGUGAAUCUCCCAUACAAAAGAACUCAUUCUUGCAGAGCCUCAAAGAGCAAAACUGGGUUCUUUACUAUUCUCUGCUAUCCAGGCAUCUCAAGGAGUUGACUCCUAUUAUAUACACGCCUACCGAAGCAGAAGCGAUUGAAAACUACUCUCAUCUUUUUCGUCGCAGCGAGGGGUUAUUUCUGACAUUCCCGGACCAAGACUCCAUGGAGAAAGAUUUCCUGGAGCAAACCCGUGGCAGAGAUAUUGAGUUGAUAGUCUGCACAGAUGCAGAGGCUAUCCUAGGCAUCGGCGACCAAGGCGUUGGGGGAAUCGGGAUAUCAUCUGCCAAAUCUGCGAUAUACACGUUAUUGGCUGGGAUAAACCCAGUGAAAGCGCUCAGUGUGACACUUGAUGUCGGCACUGACAAUGAAACACUCUUGAACGAUCAUCUCUAUGUUGGAUGGCGUUCGAGAAGGAUCCGGGGUGUUGAGUACGAUAAAUUCAUCGACAAGUUUGUCCAGUUGAUCCGCAAACAUCAGCCACACUGCUUGCUGCACUUUGAGGACUUUGGAGUUACCAAUGCUCAGCGAUUUCUUGACCUGUACCGCAAUGAGCAUUCUGUUUUCAAUGAUGAUAUCCAAGGAACUGGUGCGGUUACACUGGCCGCUUUGAUGGCCGCCAUUGGGGUGACCAAGUCGAAGCUGGCAGAUCAACGCUAUGUCAUCUUUGGAGCGGGCUCUGCGGGCCUCGGUAUUGCAACACAAGUUCGGGAUGCAAUCAUACUCACAGACGGUGUGUCUCGUGAGGAAGCCAACAAGAAGUUUUACCUCGUCGAUCGCUUUGGUCUCAUCAAGCAGUCUCUUGGUCCCAACAAGAUACGCCCUGCGUUGCAAGAAUUUGUGCGGCCUGAUGAAGAAUGGAGCGAUGUUCCAACUAAUGACACGGGAGAGGUUGAGCUUCUGGAGGUUGUCAGGAAAGUACGACCGACGGUUUUAAUAGGAUGUUCGACGAAAGGUGGCGCUUUCACCGAGCGCGUCGUGAGGACAAUGAAGGAAGGUUGUGAGAGACCUAUCAUUUUCCCCCUCAGCAACCCUAGCCAUCUGGUGGAAGUCGAUCCGAAGGACGCGAAUGACUGGACAGAAGGGAUGGCUCUACUAGCCACAGGCAGCCCGUUCCCACCAGCUAAGAUGCCGAACGGCAAAGACUAUGUUAUCGCUGAAUGCAACAAUGCUCUCAUCUACCCUGGACUUGGACUUGGUUCCAUGCUGUCGCAAUCCAGGCGGAUGACCGAUGGGAUGAUCAUCGCAGGCGCACAACGUCUUGCUGCUCUCUCUCCUGCACUCAAAGACCCGGACAGCGGCCUGUUACCCGACUUCGAAGAUGCUCCAGCAGCCAAUCUCGAGGUUGCAAUAGCAGUAGCACAACAGGCAUUUGAUGAAGGCAUCCAGGGAGUUAGCUGGAGCAAAGAAGAGGUGAGAACUAAGGCAGAAGAUAAGCAGUGGAAGCCAGUGUAUGGUACGUAUGAGUAUGAUGAGCAGGGCGCAAAGUAGUUAUGGUUUGUUUUGCAACUUCGAGUCACGAGAAGCAAAUCGAAUUUUUGCUAUAAAGAAGCCCAGCGCCUUCGAUCUAAGAUACCUGCGCGGCCCAUCGCGAUAAU